AUGUCUUCCCACAAUAACCCAGGCUCGUCCAACUCGAACCAGACAGACCCUCGCCAGCACCCGCUCAUGGCCACGGUUCAGGCCAUUGCGGGCGCUGUGCAGGGUGAGCACCGCACUCCUCGCAUGACACAUAUGAUGAAUGCCAACGAGGGUCCCGCCGACAUCAUCUCCAAGGUCGCCGGCGUCACCUCGGGUGGAAAGCGCAGUGACGAUGCCCCAUACUUCACAACAACGAAGGCAUCCCUUGGCCUGAUGCCGCCCACAGCAAGACCGUUGCAGCACUUCAACCGCUCCAAGUCUCUCGAGCGUAUGGUCCACCCCUGCGGUUCCGGUGCCUUUGGCUUCUUCGAGUGCACCAGCGACGUGAGCAACCUCACCAAGGCCAAUUUCCUCCAAAAGGUGGGCGAGAAGACCCCCGUCUUCGUCCGCUUCUCCACCGUCAUUCUCGGCCGUGAGUUCCCCGACGAGGCCCGUAACCCUCGCGGUUUCGCCAUCAAGUUCUACACCAUGGAGGGCAACUACGACAUUGUCAGCCUCAACUUCCCCAUCUUCUUCUGCCGCAAUCCCAUCCAGGGCCCCGAUGUCAUCAAGUCCCAGUACCGCGACCCUCGCAACUUCUUCUUCGACUGGGAAUCCACCUUCGACUUCCUCGGCAACAACGCUGAGGGCAACCAUGCCGGCCUCAUGUUCUUCAGUGACCACGGUACCCCCAUUGGCUGGCGCUACAACAACGGCUACGGCUGCCACACCUUCAAGUGGGUCAACCAGGCCGGCGAGUUCGUCUACAUCAAGUACCACUUCAUGGGCAAGCACGGCACCAAGCGCUUCACCGAUGCCGAAGCCGCCGGUGAGGAGAUUGAGUGGACUGCCUACGUCCAGGUCAUGAAGCCCGAGGAUGCCGACCCCGAGAAGCUCGUCUUCGACCCCUUCGACAUCACCAAGGUCUGGCCCCGCAAGCUCUUCCCCAUGCAGGAGUUCGGCCGUCUUGUCUUCAACAAGAACCCCGAGGACUACCACCGCGACGUUGAACAGGCCGCCUUCUCUCCCGGCAGCAUGGUUCCCGGCAUCGAGGAUUCUCCCGACCCGCUCCUUCAGUUCCGCAUGUUCUUCUACCGCGACGCCCAGUACCACCGCAUCGGCAUCAACCUGCACCAGAUCCCCGUCAACUGUCCCUUCAUGGCCAUGUCCUACAGCAGUCCCAACAUCGGCGGCACGAUGCGCGUGGACGCCAACGCGGCUGGCAACCCGCAAUACGUGCCGUCCUCGUUCGUGUCCAAGUUCCGCAACGACACGGCCGAGGCGCCCUACCAGACCUCGGACAACAUCUGCUCACGCCGCUCUCACUUCUGGCACGAGGGCAAGAAGAACGACUACGACCAGGCCCGCGAGCUGUACCAGCGCGUCAUGUCGGAGCAGGAGAAGGCCAACCUGGCCACCAACACAGCCAAGUACCUCAGCCAGGUCCGCCACAAGGAGAUCAAGCUAUGUUUUUUAGCCCAGUGGCACAACAUCGACCCCAAGCUAGCCGAGUCGGACUAUACCGCUCUCAGGGACGAGGCCAAGAAGGACUUCACCCUUGAGGAGGUCGCUACCAAGUCGCAGGACGCCGAGCUCUGGAACAAGGCGGCCAAGUUCAGGCCCGCUCCUGGCACCAAGCUCCAGGGAGCUCCGUGCCCUGCUGGUAUGGAAUAUGGUGCUUAA